AAUGUUCUGAUUGACGACGACGGGAAUCUCUGUCUUGCCUACUUCGGUCUCUCGAUGAUCCUUAUGGAAGCACAAAACUCUCCCUUUGAUGACUGCCACCCAGGUCAUGUGCGGUGGAUGGCACCCGAGAUGCUCGCUAUACCUGAAAAAGGAGGAGUGGUGAUGCCCACCAAAGCCGCAGAUGUUUACUCAUAUGGUUGUAUCAUGCUCCGGGUGUGUAGGCCCCCAUUC